AUCAGAAGAUCUCUUUAGAAUCCUUGGAUAACCAUUUAUAGAGAGAGAGUAAUUUUUUUCACGAUUUUACCCUUCCUUCUUUCUUCACCAUCGCUGUCUCUGUUGUUCCCCCCUCUAAAUUGUUAAAGAGAGAGAGAUUAAUAAAAGCUGUAAAUUGUUGUUAUUAAUGACGUUUUAAUUAUAUAUAUUCCUUACGAAUUAAGCAAAACCACCAAACCUAAUUCUUUCAGUUUCGUUUUUUUUUUCAUUUACAAUAGAAAUCCAUUUCUUUUGACGUGUCUUUUCAAGAAAACUGAAACGAUUUUGUUAUGAAGUUCAACGAUAAUUCAAGUUUGUGCAGUGCUCGACGGAAUUAUAAUGGGGACUGGUGAAACCCAUCAAUGUUUCUUCCCUCUAACAAGUUUGCAAAUUGGGGAUUUGCAAUCAUAUCGAUCAUCUCUAAGCCUUUUUUUGGCUUGUGAGAGUAACAAACUGUUUAUUUUGGUGGAUAAUCGGCCUUGGUUGAUAGACUUGGAUUCACGGGUGGCGCACCUAUGGCACUUGAUGAUUACCAAGUCCAGGUUGUCUCCUUUUGCUAACACUAGAAGUAGACGAGAAAAGAAGGAUGGUGAAAAGAAACUUGAUUCAAAAGAUACUUCGAAUACUACGUCACCUGAUAUUAGUAAACCGAACAAGUCUAAGAGAUGGACUACAUUGGUUAACGUUGCGGCAUUAUCUCAGAAGAAAGCGUUACUCGAUGUAAAGAAUUUAAAGAAAUCAAUGCUCUUGAUCAUUGAGUUGCGUCGGACCUUGUAUGGGUUUAUUGUGUUUGAAGUUGCAUGGAAUGAUGUCCGGGGAAUCAAUUAUCUUAAUGAGCUCCAGACGGAUACAUCUUUUGCACUAGAGACUAAAUUUAUGAAAAGAUGGGAAUUUGAGAGCAUAGAAGAAGCUUCAAGCGGCAUUUCUUCAUGGUUUUCGGGGACCAAAAACGAGCAUGUAAUCUUCCAAGAGUGUUUGGAUCUAAUAGAAGGUGAAGUUUUCUACGAUGCUGAUGAAGAUUUCCCAAUAAGUGAUAGUACUGGUGAUGGUGAAACUGCAUGUAGCAGUGACGAGGGUAUGGAAGAUAAACACGAUAGUAGCGUUCCUUGCAACUUCUCUGAAUAUUCUGCAGGAAUGGAGUACAAGAGUUUGUUGCACAACCCACCUCCUUCAAAUGGUGUCUAUGAAAGGAUACUACGGAAGUCCCUAAGUUUUGGAGGUGAAAAUGGUGCAUCUUCCGAUGACACUGUUAACGAAACUUUUGGGACACCGAGAUAUUCAGAAAAUGUGGCUUCUGCCUGCACAACUGAAGCUCAAAAUAUUGUUGAACCUGCCCAUUACAAAGAUGUCUUGAUUUUGUUUAGGUUCAACGACCGUGACCUUCCGUUUAAGCUGAGAGAUAUAAUUAUGCAUAACCUACGACUACUUACGCUGUUAGAGGCGGGGCUUCCAUCUUGGGUUAUUUUUCUGCAAUCAUACCCAUUAUUUUGUCAUCUAUAUCGGCCUUGGAUGUGCCCUCUAGUAAGGACACUAUAUGUGCUGAUCUCAAUAGUCACUGUUAUGAUUGGGUUUUAUGAUCUAUACAAGAAUGUUCCUGUUCUAAAGGCAACCGCAUCACGUCUUUGUGGACCCCUUUUUGACUGGAUAGAAACUUGGGAGAUGAUAUCCAGGAUAAAGUACUUGGGGACAAUGCUUUUUCUGCAUAACUUUGAAAUAGCCGUGAAGUGGUUCCUGAUAUUCACUCGUGCUAUAAGAUCGUUCAUUUCAGUUCUUACCCAGCCAAUGGCAGGACCUGUGCUGGAGAUUUUGGACAUCUUUUUUCCCUUUUGGAAUACAUUUAUGCAAACAGGGGAAGGCAUCUAUUCAGUUAUUUGGCUGGCAAUUGACUCUUCAUAUAGCCUAAUUGUAAAUCUUUUAGAAGUUGUUUUCAUGCCGAUGUGGUCUAUCCUUUCCAUUAUAUGGAGCACAGCAUCAUCUGUUAUAUGGCCAAUAUUUGUGGCACUCUAUGAAAUACUAUAUGCUCCUCUUCGCGUGGUUCUUGCAUUUGCAAAAUUCUCAGCUAGUGCAUUCUCCUCUACAUUUGAAGUGCUGAGAGAGAUUUGGUUGUCUGUUAGUAGUAUGAUCCAGUUAGCAUCAGCUUCAGAGUCUACAAUAAGUACCUAUGAAGUUUCAAUGUGGCGUUCGCUCUGGAAUGACCUUUUCUCGCAGAUUUUCCGUGCGACAAAAAGUAUUAUACACGGAUUUGUUGCCUUCUUUGCAGCCUGCAACCGACAUCGUCUAAGCAUUUAUAAUCACACACAACAGUACUUGAGACGGGUAUCCUACCCUUCCGCCACAACGCUUUCACAGGAUUCUGGUAAUUGCAGCAGAAGAAGCAGAGUUGAAAGUGUGACUGGACAGUUGGAAUAUAACAGAAAAGCUCAUGAUGAUUAGGUGUUGUGGAUGGUAUUCUUCAGUUCGAGUUUUCAAUGGAAACUGUAGUGACAGUGCAACUAAGUGUACAUAAAGAGAACCUAAUAGGAUUAUAUAGAUACACAGAUACGAGACGCAACAAGAAAUUUUUCAAAAGACAACUAGGAUACCGGGAUCGAGGAUAGAUGAGUUAGACUCAAUCUUCUUCACAGCUCUUUCGACCCUUCUUUUCCCUUUUCUUUCACUUAACUGUAAAUAUUUAAGCUAUGACCCUUCUUUUCCCUUUUCUUUGUUUAACUGUAAAUAUUUAAGUUACAGUUUGUAAAACUCCAAUCCUCACCCCUUCUCUCAAGUCUUUGGCUUUGUUUAGUAAUGGUCUCUGCACCGAUUUUUUUCAGA